CCCAUGGCUGACUCAUGGCACAUUUCACUACAUGCUGUACUUGCAUAACCGUCUAUGUGACAAAUAAAUAAUCUUGAAUUUCGAAUCUAUUUGUUGUUAAUAUCACAACUUUAGCACAGCAAUCUAAUGUUAUCCAAUUGUUUAUUUGUCACAGCUCUUCCCAAACUGCAGCUCCUUUCUCAGACAUCAGACAGCACCCCCAGCAUCCUGAAUGUAACUUGCACUGCUAUGAGCUUCUACCCUCCAAGGAUAAUCCUGUCCUGGAAGCACACCAUCCCUGGGGUGACCCACACUUUCCAGCAGGAAGCCCCAUCUUUAAACCAUGAUGGCACCUACAGGACCAGUUCAACCCUACAGAUCAGUGACUCUCUUUGGAGCUCAGGUGAAGAGAUUGUGUGUGAAGUAAAUCACAGCUCUCUGACACAGCCACUGAGGGAAAGUAUCAGGAGAGAAGGUCUUCUGCCAGGUUCAUUUCUCUUAGGCAAGCUGAAAAUAUGCUACCUGAAGACGGGACUACUCUCUGCAGGAUUGCUACUGAUGGUCUUGGCUGUGAUUGCAGUUCAUGUGAGGACUGCAAAGUUCAAACACUCAGAGUAUGGUCUUCAAGGUUUGAAUUUGAAAGAAGAGGAGGAAUAAGAACCCAGAGAAACCUUAAACAUCAAAUCAGAACAAAGGACACAUAAUGUCAAUUUAAAGUAAACUGGAGUGAUUAAACACAGUAUGAAAGAAAAUGAGCUUCAAUAAAGAAAUUAAGCAACAAAAUAACAAUUCCCAUUGUCUGUAUUUAGCUGGAGUAGCCACCUGUUUCUCUUCUUAUGUAAGAACCAUUAAUAUGUCUGCAUGUUGCAAAGGCCCUGAGUAGUUUUCACUUCUUGCAGCAGUCGGCC